AUGUCUUCCACAAAGAAUGCAGACCAUGAGGGUGAUUCAGCCGUCUCCUUCUAUGACAUUGAGGAUGAGCUAAAAGCACAGAAGGAGAAAAAGGGUGGUUGUGUGGGCUGCCUGCGCGACAAUCUUUUCGUGAUUUUCAUCCUACUUGGAGUGGUUGUGGGAUUUGGUAUUGGUUUUGGCGUGAGAGAGCUGAAACCCUCUGCUGAGGCAAUUGUGUGGAUCGGUAAGAUUUUCCUCCAUUUGGUCAUUCCCCACCACCCAAUCAUACCCGUUCUAAACUCCAUUAAUAAGCCCAAUUAUUGUAUUCAACUCAAAAAACCAACUAAAUUUUGCUCUUCCUAUGCAAUAUAAGGCAUUCAUUUGAAUCUGAAGUUUCUUCUGUUUUCAAUGGACCGAAAAACCGAUACUUAUGCUAGAGGAGACGAAGAAUAGCGCGUUUUUCAGAACAAUGUUAACCGCUCCUUGCCCACGUGUUAUCUUAGUUUAACGUGGGUUGUACCAAAAGCUGCGUCGCGGUACUUGAACCAGUUAUCGUUUCCAGAUUUGCCAAAACACGUUAAAACAGAGGAAAUUUUAGCUUCAGGCGACGGGACGCUUUUGUAGAAGAAAAACAUUGAAGAUAGCACUCAUGGUAGCAACUAAUAACACGUAUGUUAGUGACUCGAAAUUCUCCCGAGUUUGAAAGCAAACAGCCACAAAUAGGGAUGUGCCUCCUCAUUUUUUAUAGUCAGCUGAGCUAUUAGAAUUAUACUGAAAUUACUUCUUUAGGCCUAAAUGUCUGCUCUAUGUUUAGCGAUGCCGGGCAACAUUUACAUCCGACUUCUUCAGCUAACUAUCCUACCACUUAUCGCUUCCAACCUCAUUGUCGGUAAGUUAGCUUAUUAAUGAAAACUGGAUUUUGCUUCUCCUUUAUCUCCUUCCAUUGAAUCUGAAUGAAAACCUGUCAUCUGAAGAAACAGAGGGUUGAUAUAAACUUUCAGCAUGUCUUUCCUAUGUUAAAAACAAAACUAUGGUACUUUGGUCAGCCUCCACCUCAAAGGUGUUGUGGAAAAUAUCGUUGUCAUCUGCUAUAUGCUAAUCAUUUUACGCAUCCUGAUCGGUGUUCUUUGAAUAUCCAUGCCUUCGUGUAAUUUAUUAAAUGCCAGGUUGUCUCGCGCUUAGACGCCAGUCUCGUAAUCAUAAUCAAGAUAAGAGAAGUCGAUGGUACCUAAGGAUAAGGAACAACGGACCGAUAAAGGUGGGAGCCAUAUCUGAACUCAUCUUGCAGACUUUCCGUUGACUUCUAAUCCUAACGUGUCACCAGUAAUGAAUGCCUUCAAAAACAAUGGAUCCAAAGAUAUACUGGGCUGCUGAUUAGUCCACAUUUUCCUUUAUGUUCAUGCGUGAACUAUCGAAGACCAACUGGCGGUGGGCAUUAUGACCGUGAACGGACAAAAGUUUGCUACGAAGCGACGAACCAGUAAAUUUAAAGCACAUUAGGAUAAUACCCCUGACCUAAUUAUCUGCCGGGCCGGAUCUUAUUUCGUAGCCGUACCUGCAUUAGACAAGUCCCAGCCUAAUCCCUAACCCUGACCCUUAAUCCCCAAUCCCUAAUAAGAUCUUGCCGUCUGCCGUUCUCUCCUGUGUUUCAAAAAUUGCCUGUAGCCUAGAAAUUUCAUGAAAAUGAUACCAUUUUCGAAGAAGGAGACACCAUCGCUGGAACAAGAGCUUUAUUAGCCUGACGUUUCGGAUUCCUGCUCCAACCCACCAUCAGAGACAAAGGCAAAUACGGGUGGUUCAUGCACAAGGGGCUGAGUAUUUAUAGGAUGCACUCGCCAUGCUACCGCAUACCUAUGAAUAUUCACGGUUCCCCCUUCAUCAGGGAUCGUUGCACUUGCCUCGGCAAGAAACGUCUGGAGUCGUUUAUCGGAUCUGGUUCGAUUGCGGACAAAGCAGCAACGCGGAGAAACCGAAGGACAGCUCUGAACGAGAAUGGCCGAACACGCUGCAGCGGUGCGGAUAAAUGAUGCCAGCUCUCAAGUUGCGGCUCAUUUGACGAGAUCCGGCCACACAUUCAAAUUCGACGAGGCCGAAAUUCUCACAAGAGGUGACAACCGCGUGAGCCGGGAGCUGCUUAAGUCAUGGUUUGCUGGCUCCCCGUCCAUCAACAAGUGCAACGACCUUCCCCUUCCAUAUUCCGUGCUGAGACUUCGUCUAGGCGGAGUAAUUAACCAUGCGGGCAGCGCACAGGUGGGCACCUUUCCCAGCACCAGGGUCGGUGCGUCAGAUGGUUGGGCAAUCAUAACACCAACAUUCAACGCACGUGAUGAGAUUGCAGCCAUUAACGACACGAAUGUCGGCCAUCAAACAGUCGUCACACAAAGUGCAACGAUCCCUGGUGAAGGGGGGAGCUGUGAAUAUUUAUAGGUAUGCGGUAGCAUGACGACUGCAUCCAAAAAAUACUGCAGCCCCUUGUGCAUGAACCACCCAUACAUGCUUCUGUCUCUGAUGAUGGGUUCGAACAGGAAUCCGAAAUGUCAGGGUAAUAAAGCUCUUGUCCCAGCGAUCAUGUCUCCUUCAAGACUGCUUCCUGGGACGCAUCUCUUCGCUUCUACUGGCUAUAUCAUUUUCUUUAUAUCAUUCCGACCGAGAUCGUGUCCAUAAGCAACAAAAAAUAUGAAAAUUUACGAAAAUCAUGCAAAAAGUAUCUUACCUUGACACAUGCGAUUUCGUUUCCGCUUAUUUUACUUUUAGUCAUUUCGUCUUUGGACUCCAAGGAACAGGGGCUUAGCAGUCUGCUGACAGUAGCAUACAUUCUCUGCUUUAAUAUUGCUGGGGCUGCAGUAGGUACCGCCUUCGCUACGUUAAUUAAGCCAGGUUUGUCCACUUUCUGUAGCACUGUUUUUUUAAAUUUAUGCGUGUCUUUUCACCCAUCACGACUAAUUUGAUAACUGUUUUUUUUAAAAAAACAUGUUUUCUGCUACAUAAAACUGGGAGCAUCCACACAAAAUUCCUGAAUAAGUGUCGAUGCAAAACUGCCGAAAUUUAUAGUUUCAUGGCCUCCGUGAAAUAUGCCGCGUUCAGUAACCCCGUAGGUCUGCUUACAUUACUAUCCUUCCUUCGCAAAAUCUCCCUUGGUGAGGAGAAAUCCGAAAUAGAGAAGCGUUACCGUCAUUAAACGCAUAUCUGAAGCAUUCUGAAACUCCCAUUCGCACUAAAAAUCAUAAAGCACGGACCAGAAUCGUUCAGUCUGUCUCCAAGGGCAGAAUGCAUUUAUGCCACUUCGCAAUACUGACCACAAUGGAGCAGCACGAUGGCAUAUAGUCGUGCACUUGUAUACACACGGCGUACACCACACCACGACAAAGCGCAGUUCAUUUAAAGCAUUGCAUUGUUUAUUUUUUUAAGAAUACGUUUCUUAAAACUCAUUAUGAGUGGAUAUCUGAUAGCACGUUAUGUCUCUUAAAUUUAUCCUAAUAGACAGGUGUACAUUUUUCUAGUUUAUCCUCUCAAGAUUAUGAUACUAUUUCAUAUCCUGGAAUAUGUUUUGUUUUUUACUGUUUUUUAAGUCAGAAAUUUAACCCAGGUUUAUGCAGCCGUGUAUAUUGAAGUCAAAGAGUUUUGAGUAAAAAAGAAGCUGGAUUCAAUAAAACAUCUACACCGGUUACUUUUUUCCACUUCGUCACACGUAUCACCUGUGCAAAACAGUUUAAAAAGGACAUAAAAAUUUAGACGUGCCUAGGUUUUACGUCAGCGUGCUUAUGCAUCAAGAAUCGUUUGCCCUUGUCGCGGCUGCUAGAGCCAUAAGCAGGACGUAACCACCACGACAUUCAUGCCGGUCCCGAUUAGGAAGAGGUUUGAACGCUAGUUGUGAGGACACCGUACUCUUUACAGAAAGAUUUGAGGACCGGUUAGAAUAACUUGACAGUCGGACGAAAACUCGUCCGGCGCCGUGAGAGCGGUGAGCCGAGAGAUAGUGGGGAAUGCGUCACAGCGUCUGGAGCGAGAACACGCCCGAGUCGGCCUGGAAUAGGAGUGGCCGAUUUGCACAGCCAUGUAUGGCCGUGAGCGAGACGACCACUGCUGCGCACGUGCAAGUACUCCUGGGAAUGGCAGCGUUGUGGCAGUCGCUCGGAGUGGGGCCGUAUUACCCUAAACUGUCAUCCUUAUCAGAUAGGCCAGCGUCUCCCACUCAUCCUUGAUAUUUUUUGUACGAAACAUCUACAGUACGUGGGCUAACUCACGAAAUGUUAACGGAAUUAGAAGUGUGUUUUCGUUUAGAAAAGACUAAUUAAGUAGGGUUGAAAAACUGGUCAGCAUGCAACAUUAUUCUAUAAUAUUUCAGUUAACUCAGGAUGUCGGCUCUCCAACGAACUUCUUUCCGGCUGCAUGCAAAAACUACACUAUAUAAAGAUGAUUGCUUAAGUAGCAAGAAUUUUUCUCAUUGAUUUUCGAUGUCCCUAAAUGUUCAAUUAUAAGUCAAGGAAAAAAUGGAUAAAAUAUUCAUUCUUUUGCUCAUUCGGUAGAAACUUACGUCUUCUUCCAAUUUUUUACUCGAAGGAGGGACAUAAUUCGGUUUCAAAAAAGUUUUCAAUUGCGCGACUUUUAAAUACUGUGAAAUGGCCGUUCAUAAAUCACCAUGUCACUGCAUUUACCAAUGUGGCUUGUACAGUUAACAAUAUGGAUCAAAUCCACUGCUAGAUUUUAUGAACCCUAUAUAGUCCGCCUUUAGUACCGUAGAGAAAUGUAUGGUUUUCUGUACGCGGAAAUGAUGCGGCUUGUAGUUUGGAAACCCUGAACCCAACUGUAACGGUAGAGCAGGUUCAAAAUUAUUCGUGGAUUGGAAAAGUUUUUAAAAACCGAAUUAUACUCUCCUUUUGAGUGGAAGAUUGGAAGAAGACGUAAAUUUCUACUGAAUGAGCAAAAGAACUAAUAUUUUAUCAAUGUUUUCCAUGACAUAUAAUUGGACAUUUAGGGAAAACGAGAAUCAAGAAGAAAAAGUCUUAGUAGUCAUUUUUUACACUGUUGCUUUCGCAUGCAGCCGGAAAGGAAUUCGUUCGAGUGCAGGCAUCCUGAGGUAACUGAAAUAUUAUAGAAUUAUGUUGCAUGCUAACUAGUUAUUAAGCCCUGCUUUAUUGUUUUUUUAAACGAAAACUCCUUUCGGAAUUCCUGUUGACAUUUCAUGAGUUAGCCCACCUACUGUAAAUCGAGAGCCGACUGAUGCAAUUUCAGUCCGAGUGGAUGAUCACGAGAACUUCGUCCUCGGAUUUGAUAAAAAGGACUAAAGAGUAAUUCUGUGUUCUUGCAUAUCUGUGACUUUCUUCCUGAAAUCACGAUGCGAAAAAUAGAUAGAAUAGAUUUAAUUUGUUUUGCGCUAAAUUAUUUAAUGUCUGUUUGCAUUGUCAUUUGAAAACGUUUUCGAAAUUUUGGAAUUUACCGUCGCAGAAGUUGAAAAAGUCUUUAGCUUUUAAAUAUAGUCAUAAAGAGCAGGGCGGAUGGAACAUUACAUUCGACAGUUUACAGCAUCAAACUCAUACAAAAGCCAUCCCAACCUACAAGAGCAACGAUCUUUUAUUUCACAAACGAAAUACAGUCGACGAUCUACUUAAGAGUGAAAAAACGCUUAUCCUGACCACGAAAGUUAUGAAUAUAACUACAUCGUUUGUUUAAACAAUUUCCUUAAAAUUGAGGCCGGCAAUAGGGGAGCAAUGGCACCCGACCAAAUUGGCCAUGCGUGUCUCUAAUUCUUAAUGCACCUUCUCGUGGAACCGAAGUUGCACUGUUGGUGUCUGCCUCUCCCCGAAUUGUCUAUAAUUUCUCGAAUACACAUAUUCAGACGAAAUAUAAAUCAAUCGGUAUAUCGAUCCGGUUGGUGCGUACAGAAAAAAGUUGAGAGGGAUGAAGAAGUCGACAGAUUCUCUAAAGAGAAGGGUGGUAUAUACUGGAUGCAUAAAGCCGGAACCUGCAGAUAUUUAUUAACUUCGUAUUCGACACUGAGGUGUUAAUCCCUUUGAAGAUUUGCUGAAAGUUCGAAUAUAAACAGAUACACGGCUUUACAUUUGUGUGCAGUAAACCUUGCAUUUUUAAAAGAGUGAUAUUUAAUUUAACUUGCAGUUAUAGGAAUGCCCGUCUUUCAGCAUGCAUGUCAUUAUUUUUGGAUGUUACUAAAUUUCUUCAUAAAUUACGUAGGAGGUGAAAUAUACGCUAGGGCGAAUGCGUCUAAAAUGCGGCUUAAAAACCCAAAGCACAUUCGAAAAGACUGGUUGAGCUCCACAGUACACCGGGAGUAAUUGCCUUUUGAACCCUAAAUGUUCCUCUAUGGUGACUUUUGUGAAAAAAGUUACAGAAAGGACAUAGUAAAUGAAGUUAUUAUGAAUACUUUGUAAAGAUUUGCUCAAACUUAGCAAAUAGCCGGAAAUGGAAGUUAAAAGUACACGUCAAUUACGUAGCAGUUUUGACUGUAAUUUAGGCGGUAAACUGAAAACUUGCUUUGCCGAUGACCAGCAUCCCGUAGUGUACAAAGUAACCUAAAGGCGUAUGCCAUUAUAAUCCCAUUUACAAUUUUAUUUAAACUAGCUUUUUCGCUUGAUAACCAAUUUAAGGAUCCCGACACAUUUUUUGAAAACAUCGGCACUUUUUACAGUCAUGUGAGCCUUAGAUAUAGGUAAGAAGGCUUCCGAAGGUUAUUACAAUGCCUAUCUAAAAAGAGCCUAUAUUUUAGUGUGCAAAGUUGAGAGAACAGAAUGUCCGUUGAUUUUGGGCAAAGAAGAGAUCGGUUUGAAUGCCCCUCUUUGAGGAUUACUUAAUUUCCCAUAGUUAAUUUGAAGAUAUGGUUUUCAUAUUAGUAGACAGAGCGUUAGGUAGCAGUUUUUGCCUUUCAAUUAUGCCCGUUCAAUUUAUCAAUAGGCGUUGGCGUAAACAUGACAACAUCGACAACGUCGACUCAGGACCCAGGACUAACACUUACAACGUCAGACGUGUUUUCUGACCUUCUUCUGUACGUCUUGAUGCAUGAGAUACAAUGUUUCUGUGUCGAUAUUUCGGUUUGCAUGUUAUAUUUAAAACAUCUUAUCGAAAUCGACGAAUCCUUUGUAAAGUAACACAUUGAACUAUAAAAAGACAGAAUAGUUCAUUAAUAUACAUGUGCUCCAACAUUUUUACUUCCCCAGGAACAUGUUCCCAAACAACAUUGUUGGAAUGUGCCUAUACCAGGUAACUGAGAACAUUUUGAGAACAAAACUUUCCUAGCCUUCCAGUGGUAUGUUCCCUCACAAGGACGUUUUACUCCUUAAUGAUCUCCUGUUUUUGCUAAGAAGUAAUUUUCAAGGGUCUGAUAUUGCUAGAGGCAAAUAACAAUCUAAGUAGAAGUCCUCCUUCUGCAAACUGACGAAUCUGCGUAAACUUUUAGACGAAAACCGAAUAUUACUGGAAAUAUCCAAAUAAAUCAGAAAGGUAUUCCAAAGCAGUUAACGAAUACUCCACGGAUCUGAUCGGUACGUAAUUAAUGCGUUAAUCAUAUUCAUAGUUGUUUUGGCAGAUUUCGAACAAUUCACAUUGAUCCGACUGUGAACAACUCGGCGUCUCGGUGCGAUUUAACCCACGACCUACUGCUAUGUCUGGAGUCCACAAAAUCGGAUACAGUAGCUGAAGCUGCGGAAAUUUGGGCGGAUAACUUGACCCAAAUGUGAUUACACUCACGCCCUCGGAUGGGGCCUCCCAGCUCAGGUGGCUAAAGUGUUGGCUGUACUAAACCCUACCCCUGAGUUCGUGGAUUCAGAUCCCACCGAGGCGCAGCGUUUUUCACAGUUGGGCCAAUAUGAGUUCAUCAUAUUGUUUCUUCCCAUAUUAUGUUCGUGCUUAUGUGUGAAGCUGAGGGUUUUUAAUUCUGUUUGUUUGAGGACAAUUUACAAUGUGUUUCUACACCUCCAGAUGGAGUUAACCAGUGUUUUCAGUGAAAAGAAUAUCUGAUAAAAUUCUGCCCUUGUAGUGGACACUUUUGCAGAGUCAGUCCUAUUCAGAGUUGAAUCAUCUGGUGCGGCCCUAAACAGAGGGAUCUAUUUAGACGAAAAAUGGGAUUUAUGUGUAAUCACGCAGUCGAAUUAUAAAUCCCUUCUCAAAAAGACUCCGUUUAUCCGCAUUUUCUGAAUCAAUAUGAAAUUUGUUCGCAUCCUUCAGGCGUCCUUCUCACGUCCAUCGCAUUCGGCCUGGCGGCAAGGAAGGCCGGGGAGGCUGGGAAGCCCUUUUUGGACUUCUUUCAGUCCGUCUCUGAUGUCGUUCUCAAACUCGUGCGAGUGUUUUUGCAGUGAGUCCGAUUUAUGGUCGCAAACACUGAAAUAGCCUCGAAUAAAGUGAUGCAAAACAUUCGGAUUCAACUUAUAGUAAACAUCAAAUUUCAAUCUGCUCAGGUGCACACCCGUCGGAGUUGCUUUCAUGAUCGCCGCCGCCAUACUGAAUGUCAGCGAUAUUGCAUCAGCCUUUGCAGCACUGGGAAUGUUUGUCCUUACGGUGACGGCGGGUAUCGGUGUCCUCUUUUUCCUGUGCUUGAUCGUGUAUGGGGCAUUGGCUCUUCGAAAUCCCUUCGGCUUCCUACGCCAUAUAGCAAAGGCCUGGUUCAUCAGCUUUGCAACAACCAGCCCGUAA